AUCUGUUUGCUGAUGGCAGCCACUAUGGACGACGACCAUUCUGUCUUCAACAGCCCUAUCCUCUACAGCGCUCUUUCCUCCCACAGUUCACGACAUCUCAUACAGCCAGACAUCGAUGCAGGCCUUCUUACUCCUUCAGACUGCAAGACCCUUCAAAAUUACUUUAAUCAGAAACCUAUAUCCGCACCCAAUGUCUGGUCGGCAGCCAUUGGCGUUCUCGCCAUUCAAGCUAUCCGCCUUUUUGACCGCCAGGCCACCCCCUUCUGGCGUAAACCCUGGACUUUCGCCGUGGUGACGGGAGCAAGCGCCGCUCCCCUGAUUUACUUCCGCAAAGUUGAUCUCGACAUGCAGAACAAUGUUUUGCAACGUUUGGAAAACCCGGAUGGUGUCAAGCAGACCUACCUCAACGCCAAGGCGCGUUUUGCUCACGUUGCAGCACCAACUCCCGAAUCUCAUCUUGAUGAUCCUCAACCAGCCCUUGGACAUCGCCCCGUGCCCUUAGCCCCAUCUAUAUCCUCUCCAGCACCCAGCCGUUGGGAACAAAUUCGGGCUGCUAACGCGCAAAAUCCCGGCGCAUCAUCCUGGGAUACUCUUCGGCAAAAUCAUGAACGCGUUUGCGUCAGACGAUCACAACUCGGCGGUUCAUCCAACCCUGAGGAGCUCACCCGUGACGAUCAAGCCACAGAACAAGCGCGUUUCGAUGCACUACUAGAGCAGGAGAGAAAUUUCGGACAGACUUCAAAUGAAUUUCAGAGGAACAAGUAGUCCAUAUCCAACUCCGUUUGUAAAAUACAUGUACAGUAGAAACACAGUGAGCACAAGCGAGUACGAAUCAUGGGGUAAUAAAGUAUAAUAUAUUGGUCGUCUAAC